UUACCACAGCAAACAGAUAAACUAUGUCGCUGUAGCCUCUACGUAUACUGUGAAUGUUGAUCUACGAAAAAAACUCUUGAACGUAGGGAUUAUUACAAAUUUGCAAGCUAAUUUCAUUGGUAUUACUUGUGGAAGGUGUCACCCUUUCCUUUUUUUUUAAAAACGGAACUUUUCACCUAUUCAGUUAGGCACUGAAGCUGAUUAUAUCAGUGUUGAUCGCCACUGUAACGUAACAACACCCCCUCUCUCGCCAUCUUCCACCGCCGUGCCUUGGGCAGCGCGGUCCUGUAGCUACAGCCGUGUGGAACGUCGAAAUCAAGCCAAUCCAACAUGAGCGUCAAGAGUGUUUUGAGUGAUAUGGAGUGGGACAGCGGGCUCCAAAUUCCUGUCGCCAAUCAGGUUAAUAAACUGCUGGAGGCACACGUUGCUAAAGGACAGAAAGAGAAGGCGAAACUCCAAGGGGAGGUCAGUCAGAAUGAAGACCGUGUUCAUGCUAUGUCAGAACAUAUGAAGAAUGUGCAGCAGGAACUCAACCAAACACAGAAUCUUUGCAGAGCCAGGGACAACGAGAUUGAGACAGAAAAUCACAUGAAGCUAGUGGCCCAGAGGGAAGAAGGGCGAUUGAAGCAAGAGAUCGUCAGGCAGGAGAAUGACCUCGGUGACAUCAAAGAGAGGAAAAACAUCCAUCAGAACACAAUUUUCAAGAACACGCAGAAGUUAGAGGAGCUCAAGUCGCAGCUGAACUGGGACCAGCAAGCCUUGGAAGCCUGGCUGGAGGAGUCCGCCAGGAAGGAUGAAGACUUCAUGACCAUCACCAAGUACAGGCAGAUCGAUGACGCCAAACUCAAGGAGUUGAGAUUGCAGAUGGAGAGAAUGACUGAGAUAUGCCAGAAGAAGAAGAAGGACUUAAAUUCAGAAAUGACAGAAACACUUACAGCACAGCUGGAGAUGGACAAGACUGCAGAAGAGUUCCGCAAGUCGCACAACGAUCGUCAACAGCUGAUAGAGCAGUGGGAGCAGACCAUAGAACAGAUGCAGCGCAGAGAUAGAGAGAUGGACAGGCUUGCCACGAAACUGGCAGAGGCCAAAUCGGAUCUGAUGGACCAUGAGGAGAUGGUGAAGGAGAAGCAGCAGUUCCUGGAGAGCGAGAUGGAGAACAACCAGGAGCAGAACAAGAAGAUCCAGGCCACAGACCGCCUGGCUGCUAGGCUCCGCCUGGACUAUCAAGACAACGAGAACCAGAGGAUUCAGUUUGCGGAUGAGCUGGAGACCCUGAAGUUCACAGUGGAGAGGACAGCCACUGACCUGGAGGCCAUGAGGAGACAGGUCAACGAACUCAAGAAGGAUGUAGAGGUCAAGAAAGAGAGAGUGGAAAAUGCCAAGAGGCACCGAGGUGAGCUGAUGAGUAAACUCAAGUCUGCCACGGACCAGUCCCUCUCGGCUGAGGAGAUGGCAGCCAUCAUGGACGGCAUGCUGCAAGAUGAGGAGACGACACUGCACUUCUUGGAGCAGGAACUCAAGAGGCUUAGAGAUCUGCAGUACAAGAGGUCCCAGGAGCUGUAUGAAGCCAAGACUGCAGAGAAAAACACAAACGCCGAGAUCCAAGGAGCCAGGGCAGCGAGUCGCAACCUUUCAAGCCGUAUCAACAAAAUGGACCAUGAUUCACUCAAGCAACAAGAGAUUAUUUAUAACCAGGAUUUCACGGUCCAGCAGCUGGAGCGUAAGAUAGCCCGCCUGGAAGGGGAGAGGAGCACGGAGGAGAUGGACAUGCUCAACGCUCGGAUCAAGGAACUCACAAACUUCCUGGAAGAGCGCAACAACACGCACGGUCUGCUCAGCAACCAGCUCAAGCGAUUGCAGGACGACAUACGUCGGGUCAAGCGUGACCUCGACAAGAGCGGGGCGGAGAAGGCCGACCUGACAAGCAAGAUUGAGGAGCUCAACCUUCACAAUGAUAGCUCCAACCGUGAACUCAAGCACAUCGUCAGGGAUAAGCAGGACCAAAUGGUGGAUGAGAAUAUUCUCAAGUUGGAGCUGAAGCGGCUUCGAGACAUCCUCAACUCGCGAGCUGAUGAGGUCAUGACGCUGGAGAAACGCAGACUGCAGCUGGAAACGGCUAUGAAUGAGAGACGGAAGGAGAUAACUAUCCACAAGGAGAUGUUGAGGGCGCAAUUGAAGGCCAACGAGGAAGAGCGCAGCACAGUUAGUUCUGAGUUGCAUGACCGCAUCGGUAGAAUUGACAAGCUUCGCAAAAGAUAUGAGAUUCUGAUGGUUACCAUGGCGCCACCGGAAGGUGAGGAGGAUCGCUCCCAAGCAUUCUAUGUCAUUAGGGCCGCCCAGGAGAAGGAGGCCCUACAGAGGAAGGGAGACGAGCUGGAUGCCAGGAUCCGUAAGGCAGAGAAGGAGAUCAAAGCCCUGGAGAACACCCUCAGACUAAUGAACGGACGCAACGAGCAGUACAGGAAGAGCUUCAACAGGGUGACCGAAACAAGCGAAGAGUUUGAGGAGAAGCAACGGCUCGAGGAACAGCUCAGGGCAGCCAUGGACAAGUACAAGUACAAGAGAAGACAGAUCAGGGAGCUACAGGAUGAUCUGCAGACCAUGAGCUCCACCAUGGAAAACCUCGGUAGAGACGAGAGCGCCUACUCCGAGAUGAUCCAGGAGAAAGAGAACAAGAAGCAGCAACUAAGCAAAGAGCUUGACGAUCAAAAGGUCAAGAUUGAUAGGGUCAUGAAGCAGAUUGCUCGCUACGCCAAGGAGCUACGGGCUAGCAGAAGGGUCAAAGGUGAAACUCAUGAAGAGAAUGACUUUGAGCUGAGGGAGUUGCGAGAGUUCAACAAGAACGUGAUGAAGAUGAUGGGUGAGGUGAUCCAUUCUUACCCUGACAUAUCACCAACUGCUCAGAUGCUCUUCUCUCAAGCCGGACUCGCAGUACCACCCCCACCCAGUGCCACUCAGAGGUCAUCCAGACCAGGGUCAGCUUACAGCAGUCGCAGCCUCACAUCCCCAAAGACACCCUCUUCAGUCCGGAGUGGUGCAUCGAGUCGAGCCAGCAGCCUGGGGAUGAAGACGGUGGACGUUGGUGGGUUUGGCCUGUCCAGCAGUCCAGCUGGGACACCAAAGAGUGGACGAUCGCCCGCCGGAUCCCGAGCAGGUAGCCGGGUCAGCAGCCAGGGCAGUCUUCGAAGUGGGCGACGCUGAUGCACCAGGGGGUGGGGGGGGGGCAGCAGAUGUUUAGGGGGUGGGAGGGCUAGCUUUUUUCUUAGGAAUCAGUAGACUUUAUGUAUUUCUUUUAGCUGAGGUCAGGGGUCAAGUUUUAGAGGUCACCUCUUUAUAUAUAUAUUAUUGAACCAGUUUUUGUGAUUACCAUUGUUUACAGAGAGGCUAAGAAUUUCACCAACUGAGACAAAAAUGGAGAAGAAAUGAGAAGGGUAGAGACUAGAAGUAGAUGAAAAGAUUUUCAUGUAUCUCUUCUCUGCAUUUAAAACGAAACACAGAUUUGUGAAAAAAGAAACAAAGGAAGGGUAAGAAAAAGAUAAUUGUCAUUUGGAGAUACAGUUGACAUGGGGAAAGAAAAGGAUGAAGUAAGAGAAUAGAACCAAUUCUUGUUAUUGAACAAGAAUUCCAUAUUGUCUUGUGGGCAAAUCACAAAAUCUUUUGAAUGUGAUACAUUCCAAAUGAAAGAAUUGAAGUUGUGAAAGAGAAAGAGAGAGAGAGAGAGAGGGGGGAAGAAACAAAGAAAAAGAAAUUAGCAAGGUAGUACAAGAAAGAGCUUGAAUAAUUGGGGACAAUUGAAAUUGAAUUCUGGAUUUUUGUCCUCUGAAUCACCUUGCUUGUACAGUACAUGUAUUCAUGAACAUUUAUAUAUUGUAUAUAAGAAAUCUAAUUAAAUAAACAUGUCUCCUGUUUUUGUACAGUGUAAAUAGAAGAAUUUCUGUAUAGAAUUGACAUAUGGUAUGAGUGGAAUGAAAAAAAGAGGAAUGCAGAUAUGUAUAGAAGUUUGUAAAACCUAUAUUCAAAUUGGUCAUUCUUUUUACAAUGCCUAUCAAUUUCAUUAACAAAUGAAAUUUAUAUCUUUGGAAAAUCUAAUUUAGAUUUUAUAAUUGUAAAUUAGCAUAAAAAGGAGUUCUUACUAUUUGUCAUGAUCUGUGAGUACUUAUACUAUAUGUUUGAUUGUGUAAUAAAACCUCACUUUAAAAAAGGAAA